AUGAAGCCCGACUUGGCUGUGUGUUGCACACUGGUGCUGGUGCUGAUGCUGAUGGCCUCGGUGCUGACCAGGACAGGAGCAGCUCCUGCCCCUACGCCCGCCAGGACCCACCUGGGUGCAAGGGGCUGCCACAUGGGCCAGUUCAAGUCUCUGUCGCCACAAGAGAUGAAGGCCUUCAAGAGGGUCAAGGACGCCCUGGAAGAGUCGCUCCUGCUUAAGAACUGGAGCUGCGGCUCCCGCCCCCUCCCCAGGACCCGGGACCUGAGGCAGCUGCAGGUGUGGGAGCGCCCUGUGGCCUUGGAGGCUGAGCUGGCCCUGACACUGAAGGUCCUGGGGACCUUGAAGAACUUGACCCUGGGGGACAUCCUGGACCAGCCCCUGCACACGCUGCACCACAUCCACUCCAAGCUUCAGGCCUGUGUCCCAGCUCAGGCCACAGCAGGCCCCAGGCCCCGGGGCCCCCUCCGCCAAUGGCUGCAUCGCCUCCGGGAGGCCGGGAAGAAGGAAUCCCAGGGCUGCCUUGAAGCCUCUGUCACAUUGAACCUCUUCCGCCUCCUCACCCGUGACCUGAGAUGUGUGGCCGCUGGAGACCUGUGUGCCUGACCCUGACACCCACCGGCAACCUGUCCCAGCCUCUUGGAUUUUAUUUAUGCAUGCCCCCCCUUUUU